CUCGUUAACAAAUCUGACCUGUUAUUUACAGGGGAUGUUGUCAUGGGAGUUUACGAGAAAAAGUGGGAGUGACUGAUGGAGGUGGCAAGAGGGAGGCAGUCAGGGAGAAGUUUGACAACUGAGAGGAAGGAGCAGAUGUUGAGAACUCUUGGUAGAAAGGAGGACAUUAGAGGGGAAAUAGCAGACUCUGUGGAAAAAUAAAGCAUAUGAAAGAGAGAGGCUGUUGCUGACGGAGUGGGAAUAAUCAAAGUCAGACGACAUGAUGUGGACAACAACUGUCCUCCUGCUGCUUGUGCCUCAUCUGCUUUCCUCCACAGAGACGGGAAACAGUGCCAAUUUUAACGAAUCAGACAUAGUCGAUGAAGACUUCUCUGAUGCUCCUGUGAAAGGCCAGAAAGUUGCUGGAGGGGUCAAAGGUCGGGACACGUGCUCCAUCCCCUGUGACAUCACUGUCAAGCUGCUACGAGAUGAGAAACAUUCGAUCUGUGGCCAGUUACAGCAGACUCUGUUGGCGUUUGGACGCAGCACCCGGAAGCUGAUCAGAGACGUGAUGGAGGAGCAGCAGAGGGCUCUGGACAUCCUCAGCAGUCAGGUCACAGAGCUGACGACCAAAGUGCAGACGCUCAACUCUGAGGUUCAGAGAAGCAACACAGAGAUGUACUCCAUCAAACCUGUGCAAUCCCACGGACGGGACUGCAGUGACAUCAAGGACAAUCUUAUGUCAGUUGUGCCCAAGAUCCCGAGCGGUAUUUACAUCGUCCACCCGGAGAAUACAGACUCUUCUUUUGAGGUUUUCUGUGAGAUGGACUACAUGGGGGGCGGAUGGACGGUGAUGCAGCGGAGGACUGAUGGAUUAACGGACUUCAAACGACCCUGGGCGGAUUAUGCUGAUGGCUUUGGACAUCUUGCAGGGGAACACUGGUUGGGUCUGAAGAAGGUGUUUCAUAUAGUAAACCAGAAAGAGACCCGCUUCCAGCUUCACGUCGCUUUGGUGUCGCAGGAUGACGUCACCUCUUAUGCUUCAUAUGAUGAUUUCCACCUGGACAGUGAAACCCAGUUUUUCUGUAUUCACCUGGGCAGAUAUUCAGGAAGCGCAGGUGAUGCGUUUCGCGGCUACGACCAGGAUCUGAACCAGGACACGGCUCCAUUCAGCGCCUCGGACGUGGAUAACGACGGCUGUAAUCCCUCCUGCUCCUUCGAUAACCGCACGGUGGAGAGCUGCAGCGCUCAGCACAACAACACAGGAUGGUGGUUCAACCAGUGCGGCCUGGCCAACCUCAACGGCUCCCCUGAGGACACUGAGCAGAGCCAGAGGACGCACAUCCUGUGGGACACCUGGAGGCAGAGCGGAGUCCCUCACACCAUCAAAUCUGUCACCAUGAAGAUCAGGAGGAUUGCAACCAAUAAUUAACAGAGAAGAGGAGAAACACAGGGAGAAAGGACAUUAUUGUAGAAGUCAUCUUCGUACAAAUUGAUGUUUUAUUCAAUCGGAAUGGAAGAAGGAAAGGAUGAUUUGUCUUUUUGUAAUUGUAAGCAUAGGAACUGUUUUAUAAAUAUCCCUUUAAGGUGGAUUUGCUUUAACCCUUGAGGUCAAAUCAGCGGUGGAAAGUAUCUAAGUACAUUUACUCAAUAAUAACAUAAUUGUACUUUAUUUGAGUAUUUCCCUUUUUCUUUCUACUUGUACUACUACUUCUCUUUAAAAGGCAAUUAUUGCACUUUUUACUCCAUUACAAUAAUUUAACACUUAGAGUUACUAGUUUCUUUUGACAUAUAAAAACAUGUGAUAUACUUAUACUUACAUGUUGUUAUGCAGUGCUGUGCUAUAUUAUACAAAGAUACAAAACCAGUAUUUUAAAAAGUGUCUAAAAUUGGUUCCACAUUGACAAACUACAACAUAAAAUGCCCUGACAUUUAUUUGUUAUUGACUAAAACAGGAAAAUAUAAUAUUAAAAUGAAUUAAUAUUG